GCUCUAUAACUUGUUGCUGUAGCGCUAAUGAAAUAUCGGCUUCAUACGGUAGUAUCUCUUCCAGAAGAAAUGUCACCCGACUGAUCAGUUAGAAUUAAUAGAAAACAUGGCGGCGGAUGAGAAGCUGUUCUUCUCAAAAACCGUCCGACAUUUAGCAAGAUGUCUCGCGGCAAUCAAACCUACACCGUGGGAAAAGAUAAAUCAAUUAUUCAGAAGAUGUCCCCAAGACUCUGCUCAAGGCGUGUUUCGUUUGGACCAGCGAGGUCAAGACGCAACUAUCGCGCUUGGGAUUUAUUUUUUGGAAUCUGGUCUUCAACACAAGGAUAAAAUCUUGCCCUAUCUAUUGCGGUUGUUACGUGGUCUUCCUAAAGCAGUCUGGUUGGACGAAGUAAGAUAUACGCCUUCGGAAAGAGUACCCGUAGCGGAACGCUUCAGCUUCUGCUUAAACACGUUGCUGAGUGAUGUAGCUGCUCGAAUAGAAUCUUCACGAGAAGAAAUUAUAUCCACCCAAGUAGAAAUAUUAGCAGUGUUAACCAAUCUCAUACGUGGAUCUAAAGAUCAAGAUGGUAAUAGGGGGAUGCAAGCAAAGGUGUCUUUAUGUAAGUGCCUUGUGCCGAUAUUAAUUGGAUUAGCACGGUCUAUGGGUCGAUUCGCAUGUUACGAUCCACCUCUGCUGUGUCGUAUCUUUCCACGUCCAGAGCCACCCAUUCCUGCUUCCCACGGUGAAAAUGGCAUACCAGCAGAUAAGAAGUAUCGCAAUUUUUCAAAUUUUCGUCCGAUCAUUCCGCGAUCACUCAGUGGCAAUUUAAAUCCUCAAUCAGCAAUCGAUGGCUUACAAUCUAUGUCGUCAACGGUAGACCACGAUCAUUCGUCGUCCAAAAGGCCUUCGUUACAGUGUUACCUAUCCGUGCCGUACGAUCCGGCUAUAUAUUUUUUCACUAGGUAUGGAUCAAGUUUCAAUCAGUUUCCACAAAUGAGAUGCAACGAAAGUCCCGAAAGGCGAACAGGGUUGCAAUUCAGUGUACUGCAUUUACAAAGUGUAUUGGCCCUGGCAAAAAAACUGUUGACUAAAGAUGUUUUAAAAUUUCUAGACGAGGAAGCACAACAGGUCUACAAUUCUGGUUUAGUACAAAUAUUUCCAUACCGCACGUUCAGAGAAACCAUGAAUUUAGUGAUGGUAGCUCUUCUACGUGAAUUGUUACAAAAUCAGUGCGAUUUACCGGCGCCUUUUACCCGUGACGUUCAGGAAUUCGUAAAGGGCCUGUUUCUUUCGGGCCAGACUGAGUUACAGUCACGUCAGCACGAUGCAAGUGAACGAGAAGACAUGGAUACGAAUUUCCGGACGGUCAACAAGUUUAAAGUCAAUGUCAUGGCUAACUCGGCUUGCGUGGACCUUCUAGUCUGGGCUAUCGGUGAUGAAACAGGUGCCGACAGUUUGUGUUCACGUCUCACGGAGAAGAUCAAUUCCAACCACGGACAUAAGUUGGUGUUGGCUCACAUGCCGUUGCUAAUGGUCUGCCUCGAAGGACUGGGAAAGUUGGCUCAGAAAUUUCCAAAUAUCGCUGCGACGUCUAUUUAUCAUCUACGAGAUUUUCUUGUAACUCCCUCGCCGAUCCUUCUGAAAUUGCAUAUACCGCACGGUGAUCGUUUUCUAAAAGAUCAUCGAUUUAAAGUGAUUGUUCAAGAUAAGGAGUCCAAAGCAGAUAAGAAGACUGCCUCACCGACUCAAAUGGCCUUCGAGAGGUUACGAGAUGCAGCGAUUGAGAAUCUAUGCAUCGCUCUGGAAUCAGCCCAUUCCGUAGAUCCUUAUUGUGUCCCGGCAUUGGUAGCAAGUGUCUCCAAUCGUCUCUUCACCGCGGAGGAAUGUGACAGCGAAGGAGAGGAUAAAGCAGUGAGCGAACUCAUUAAGACCAACAUCGUCAUUAUGUUGGGGCACGUUGCCGUAGCUCUGAAGGAUACCUCGAAGACGAUACUCCAGUUCUUCCAGCAACGAUUUUGCCGAGUACCAAGUGACCUGGACAUUCUCAUCGUCGAUCAGCUGGGAUGUAUGAUUAUCUCAAAGUGUGAAGUAUACGAGGAGAUCAUUCGCAUGUUCAUGACCAUCACAGUUGAAUCGAGUAGUGCAGCAUACGCUUCCAGCGACGAGUGCAAGCAAUAUCGCCACGUAUCGGGGGCUGUGAUAAAUGCACUUGCAAAUAUAGCCGCUAAUCUUCAGGGUGAGGCGGAGUUGAAUGAAUUAUUGAUUCGCCUCCUUGAGCUUUUCGUUCAGCUUGGCCUAGGUGGUAAACGUGCCAGUGACAAAGGAUCCAACAGCGUCACGACGACGAAAGCAUCCAGCAGUGCGGGCAGUUUGGGUGUGUUGAUCCCAGUGAUCGCGGUGCUCAUUCGUCGCCUGCCGCCGAUUCGACAGCCUCGGGCACGAGUACUGAAGCUCUUCAAAGACUUCUGGCUGUACUGCGUGGUCCUCGGAUUUGCGGCUGACAAAUCUCAGACCCGAUUGUGGCCGUCCGAAUGGUACGAAGGCGUCAAAGAGAUCGCCGUCAAGUCGCCCUCUCUUGUCUCGCAAACGAGCUCGCGUCUCGAGAUGCGCGAGCUACAAUACACCUCCGCGGUGAGGAACGAUAGCGUUUCGGUAAACGAGCUGCAAGAGCUGCGAAGUCAAAUAUUGAAGAUGAGUAGUCGAUCUAGCGACGUGUCAGCUUACGUGAACAAACUGCAAUUUGCCCAGUGCACUUAUCUGCUCUCCGUUUACUGGUUGGAGACGCUGAGAGUCAUGUACAGUCCGGAGCCAAGUUUACAGCCGAUCAUGGAAUACCUGAGCGAUACCGCUUUGCAGAAAGACAAGAGCGGCAUGUGGCAAUGCAUGUGCAGCGUCGGUGAAUCGGUCUUCGCGAAAUUUAAGGACGUGAUGCAGCGCAAGCCCAAGGACGAGCGGAGGGAACGAGAGCUGGAGAAUCAUGUUCAGUUGCUCCUUGUAAAUUUUAAUCACGUGCACAAACAAAUCAGACGAGUGGCUGACACCUAUCUCAGUGGGCUAGUCGACGCGUUUCCUCAUUUAUUGUGGAAUUGCAGAGUUCUCUGGAGCAUGCUGGAUAUAUUGCAAGUGCUCACCUUUUCUUUGCAACUCGACCCGAACGAAGAAUCGCCGGUACUGCGAAUACCCGGUACAGAGUUCAGCAUCCAACUGAUGGAGACGGUCGAGGCGAGAGAGAUGAUCGUGAAGGACUUCAUGGCACGUUGUAAGGGAAUCGUCCGGGAGGCCAUGAAGUGGGCCUUGCAGGCAACACGAUCGCACUUGCAGGAGUACCUGAUCAUGAUCCAGAUACCCACUUUCGCGGUGCGACAGCAAGGAGGCCUAGAGCUAGCCGUGUACUCGGUGCACGAGUUCGUUCUCUCGGUGAUCCUGGAAAUGCCAUUGCCUGCAAAUACGCUGGACAAGCGUUUGGUUGACGCGAAAACGAAGAGCUGGCUCCUGUCGAUGAUGUCUACCCGAUCCUGGUACGCGGGCGAGGUGGCCGGGAUGCUCAACCUGCCCUAUGAAGUGGCCGACGGUGAAGCCUCGAAUAAGGGCACGGACGAGGAAGUUCCUUUCACUCAUGUAUCCGAUCUGCUGAUCGAUCUGCUGACGAAGGCGGGUCGAGCCCGCGAUGACGCCCAACAUCGCGGUGCUUUGUGGCGGGCGACGGCUCUCCUCAUCGCAAUUCCGGGGAUCGACAGGAGGUUGUUGCACACGGUGGCAUUUUCGCACGUAGAGCUGUUCACCGCCGAAGCCAUGACGACAGCGGUGGAGUGCUGGAAGUGGAUCCUGACAUCGCGGCCCGACUUGAAGUUGUGCUUCCUGCAAGAGAUGCUCGCGGCCUGGCAGAGCACGGUCGACAGGAGGAUGGGUCUGUUCUCGAGGGAGGUCGUGGAAGUCAGCCCGUUGGCCGCUUAUGAAGGCUGCAAGCUCGAGCCUCAAGCACCGUAUGUCAAGCCGCACGAGAUCUGGGUAACCUUCAUUGUAGAGCUCAUAGAGACGGCCAAGUAUUGCUGCCAGGAGACCGUGGAGAUGAUCGCCAUGCUGCUGUAUCGAUCGUUACCAAUGACGGUUGGUGCGUCCGGGGAGGAACAGGGCUGGAACCGGCACAUUGCCGCGGUCGGGGUGCGCUUCAAGCUCCUCUCGUGCGGCCUAUUGCUUCUUCAAGGAGACGUCUUACCUAGGUCCUUAAGCAAAGUCGUACUGCGAGAGCGGGUAUACUCCAAUUGCUUGGAUUACUUCUGUAGAGAGAGGCAGACUCCCACGCAGAAACUCGAAGAAAUUCGCGAGGAUAUCGUCACCCUCAUACGCUUCUGGCAGGUGAUGCACAGCGAGAAGAAGUACCUGAUGGCCACUGGGGAGAGUGACUUUGACACCGUUAGGCCUCAAAGUGGACCGCCCGUGAUCGUCCAGAACGACGCGAUGAUGUUAGGGGCAUCGACCCCAACCGGGAACGACCUCGGGAAAACGUUCCCUCCGACCUCAGGGUGGAUCAACACCGUUCCUCUGUCCGUUAGCAGCAACACUCUGGGGAAACGAAGUAAUCGCAGCAAACGUGUCGUCAGCACGAGCGUAUUCGUUAAGAACUACCUGAAGAAGCGCAACCUUAUCCUCGAGUUACUAGCAGUGGAGAUAGAAUUACUACUCGUGUGGCGCAAUCCUGGCGACAGGCAAGACCUUGCUCUGCCCGGAGAAGACAGCAUCGCGGAAUGGCGCUCAAAGGCGAUGAACGACCGUUGGCGGGAUUACACGCGACUCGCUUGGGAGAUCAGUCCGGUCCUCGUUGUUUUUCUUCCGGUUCGACUGAAGAAUUUGGAAACCAUAGUCAGAGAGGUUACUCGAUUGAUCCGAUUGAAACCAGUCCCUGUGAUGCACGUGCCAGAGGCUCUGCAGUAUCUCGUCACUACGGAAAGCCUGCUGAACGAUGCACCCGAGUUGGUGUACAUGUUAACUUGGGCCGAGGUGUCUCCAAUUCAGGCUCUUGCAUACUUCUCUAGACAGUUUCCGCACCAUCCUAUUUCUGCGCAGUAUGCCGUUCGAGUCUUGGCGAGUUAUCCAGCCGAUGCGGUCCUCUAUUAUAUACCGCAACUCGUGCAAGCGGUUCGACACGAUUCCAUGGGUUACGUGAUCGAGUUCAUAAAGGCAAUCGCAAAACGCUCGCAGAUCGUGGCGCAUCAGUUGAUAUGGAAUAUGCACACGAACAUGUUCAUGGACGAGGACAAGCAAUUGAAGGAUCCAGAUCUCUACGACACUCUGGACUCCCUAGUUAGGAGCAUUCUGAGUUCUCUCUCAGGCCCGGCGAAACAGUUUUACGAGCGAGAAUUUGAUUUCUUCGAUAAAAUCACAAAUAUCUCAGGUGAGAUCAGACCAUACCCGAAGGGGCAUGAACGGAGACAAGCUUGUUUGGAGGCAUUGCGCAGGAUUAAAGUACAGCACGGGUGUUAUUUACCUUCCAAUCCUGAGGCUAUGGUCGUUGAUAUCGACUAUGACAGUGGGCGACCCAUGCAGAGCGCGGCGAAAGCUCCUUUCCUUGCUCGUUUCAAAGUACAGCGUUAUGGGAUCAAAGAGUUGGAGAACAUUGCUAUGAUGGUAUCCGCAAAUGGUUCCAUCGAAUCGAAAGUUAAUGCCGCACCAGAGACAUGGCAAGCGGCUAUAUUCAAAGUCGGGGACGAUGUCAGACAAGACAUGCUAGCCCUUCAAGUAAUCGGGAUUUUCAAAAAUAUUUUUCAAAAAGUUGGUUUGGAUCUCUAUUUGUAUCCGUAUAGAGUGGUCGCAACAGCACCUGGGUGUGGCGUCAUCGAAUGUGUUCCCGACGCAGAGUCACGAGACCAACUUGGAAGACAGACGGACAUUGGCAUGUAUGAAUACUUCAUCACGAAAUACGGAGAUGAACAGACGAAAGAGUUUCAGACAGCAAGGCGAAAUUUCGUCAAGUCAAUGGCAGCGUACAGUGUCAUUACGUAUCUCUUACAGAUCAAAGACCGACACAAUGGCAACAUUAUGUUGGACAAAGAUGGCCACAUAAUACACAUUGAUUUUGGUUUUAUGUUUGAAAGUUCCCCUGGCAGAAAUCUAAGAAUUGAGCCUAAUAUUAAGCUUACGGAUGAGAUGGUAUUGGUGAUGGGUGGAAAGAUGGAAGCCGCACCAUUCCGAUGGUUCAUGGAAUUAUGUGUACAAGCUUUUCUUGCAGUUAGACCAUACCAAGAAGCAAUUAUUUCGCUUGUAUCCUUGAUGCUAGACACUGGUCUACCCUGUUUUCGUGGACAGACAAUCAAGUUGCUUCGCAGCAGGUUCGCCCCAGUGGCCACUGAUCGAGAAGCUUCUGUCUUUAUGUUGAAUAUCAUUCGCAGCAGCUUCCUAAAUUUCCGUACCAAGGCCUACGAUAUAAUACAGUUUCAUCAAAAUCAAAUUCCCUACUAGUUUACGUCCAAUUGUUCAAGUGGAAUAUAUUACGAUCUAAUCACCUUGUCGUACAAGUGUUCCUACAACUGGAAAAUUAAUUGUAUAAUUGUACUGGUAUAUAUGUGUACAAUAGAUUCCAUGACUUCUUGUUGUGUUGUGAAUGUAAAAAUUUAAACAAUGUAACACAUACAUGAAUAUUUAUCAUUGGAUAAGAAUCCACAUGACGAUAUUUGUGAAUUGUAAGCGGUGCGAUACAUUCCAUCAUUUAUUGAUUCUUAUAUUGUAAAUUGUUAACCACUGAACGUUGAAAUAAUAUAUAAAUGUACAUACUAAUAUGAGGAAAA